AGGAAGCGAGGAGAGGGGGUGGCGUGCACCGCCGGGGCUAUUUGGGACCCUGAUUCCACUUGCCUGAGUGACAAGGAUUUUCCCUUUCGCUUCCCCACCGCCUCUAGGGGGAAGUUGAAGCGGAACAGAAGCAAAAAGAAAAGACGCCCUCAAACUGGGGCACUGAGAAGGUCCAAGGAGGGAGUCCUCCUUUUUCUUCGCAAAUCGCCCCCUCUUAUUUCGCCUCUUCCGAAAAAAGUUCUUCUUUCGGGGAGGGGGGUAAACCUCAGAGCUUUCUCCAGAGUUAGAGGUGCCCAAAGUACACGUGGCUAAGUGGCUCCAGCUCAGCGGGAGAGACAGGACAUUUAGCCCGUAGACUUAUAUGGUCUUGUGCUCAGCGUUCCGGGAGGCUUCAGGGAGGCAACGCUCGCGGUCGGCGCACCAUGUCUUUGGAGGAUCCGUUUUUCGUGGUGAAAGGAGAAGUCCAGAAAGCAGUCAAUACCGCACGGGGGCUUUAUCAGCGCUGGUGCCAACUGCUCCAGGAGACACAGUUGGUCAGCAAAGAAGAGUUUGACUGGACUACGAAUGAACUCCGCAACAGCUUGCGCAGCAUCGACUGGGACUUGGAGGACCUUGAGGAAACCAUUUGCAUUGUGGAGUCAAACCCACACAAGUUCAAAAUUGAGCCCAGCGAGGUUGCCGAUCGCCGUUCCUUUGUCACAGAAAUGCAGAAGUCAGUCAAGGAAAUGCAGGAUCACAUACUCAGUCCAGAGGCACAGACCUAUGUGGAGAGAAGAAACAGAGAGGUGCUGUUGGAGAGCAGGGACCGCUCUGGCUUUUUGGAUGUAGAGGAUCUGUCAAUGACUGAUUCACACACUCUGGAAGAGCAGCAGCUACACCAAAAGCUGAUCAUGGAGGAACAGGACGAGCAGCUGGAGCUGGUCUCUGGUAGCAUCCGAGUGCUGAAACACAUGUCUGGGCAGAUUGGAGAGGAGCUUGGUGAAGAGACUGUCAUGCUGGAAGACUUUGCCUGUGAGAUGGAUGGCACUCACAGCCGCAUGGACAGAGUGCUCAGAAAGAUGGCCAGAGUCUCCCAUGUGGCCAGCGACUCGCGCCAGUGGUGCAUCAUGGGCCUGUUGGCCAUCAUCGUGGUGGUGGUGACGGUGCUGCUGCUCGUCUUUGCUGCAUGAGCCAAAGGCGGGAUGGAUGUCGAGGAAGUGAAGCAAGCGCCAUCCCAGUCACAUGAAAAGCCUGGAGCCACCUUGGCCUUGUAUUCUGCGCAAGGGCAGCCUUGCUGGGCAGCAAGGAAACAGGGUCACUUCAGCGGAAGGGAGAGUGGAUUUCUAGCGAGGUAGUUCUUCCUUGCAUGCACUAACGGUUGUAGGCUGCAGAGCUGUGAGAAGGUCAGACUUGCUUUCCAGAGGUUAAUUGCCAAGGAAUCUGCAGAAUCUCCUUGUGCUCUAUGCAGUCUUCAAAAGUCAACGUUUGUGUGUCUGUGAAGUUACACAAAAAUCUUUGUGCCUAUUAAAUGCAAAGACUGUAUCGCACACACAGUUUGUAUUACGGUAUUGCAAGCAGCAGCACUUGAACAAGUUUCCUUUUGGAGACGGCCUUCUCUUUCCAUUUUCAUCAGUGCAGAAGUGGCCUCCCCUCCCCUCCCAGCAGACCAACUGCUGUUGUAGAGCCCAUUCAUACCCUGUCUCUGAAAGAGAACAAGUUGGCUUCAGGGUAAAUGGAAGAAACCAGCCUGUCAGUUGCAUUUCAUCUUUGCCAUUGCCAAAGGGGAAUUGUGUCUGGAAUGGACGGGACAAAGCUGUGCUUUGUUUCUUAAAGGGCGAAAUUGCUGGAGGUUCAGUAUAUAUGUCUAAACUGACUCACUAAGUGUCAAGAAACUCAAUGACGCCGGGAACAGAGACCAAAGCUUGCUCUCCUAGCCAGAUGCCAGCUCCCCUCCAGAAAAUGGGAAAUCAGUGCAAGAACCUGACCACCAAGUCUCUGUCUCAGUGUUUUGGUUCAUGAUGCAAGUGAUGCAGAUACUUCUGGGCUACUGAAUAUUCCAAAGUAAACCAAUUUGUAAAGCUUUCGGCUCAAUGCCCUCUUACUGUUUAAAGUGUCUGGUAUGGUGGACAGUCUCCACUGAAUCGGAGACUGAAUCUUCCAGAAACCAAAUUCUGUCAGUGCUUAUACAGUGGGGCUACUUUCAAGCAAAUCAUAGCCUGACCUGGAGGAGAGGCAAGGUCAUUUGUCAUCGUAUUAUAAAGCAGGGGUAUAUAAACUUUACAUGCAUGGGCUCUCUCAUGUUUUUACUAGAACUCUGUGAUCUACCCAUAGUGCAACUCCGGUGCAUUAGCCAUACAAGUUAAAAUUCAAGAUUUCUGAGCCCAGGAAUUGGUUUGAGCUCUGGAACUGAACGAAGCGCCAUGCCUUUCUUACCCUUAAGCGUUCUUCAUUUCAGUCAUGUAAUUCAGGCCAGGGUGGUAGGGUUAGGGGAAGUCAUUUUAUUGUUGCUCUUGUUAUACACUUGUGAGUCAUUAAGGAAUGUAUAUUUACUGCAACUCACCCAGAGAUUUACCCGAAAAUCCAGAUGUACCUACUACCCAUCCUUCUUUAGAAAGUAGCUAAAGCUACUUUAAAAAAUAAAGAUUUUGUAUGUUUCAUA